AAUAUUUCGCUCCACCUUAUUCUUCUGUGCCUCGUAUCACUGUAUUUUAAGGAUACACACAACCAUAUUCAGCUGGUGCUUUUAUAUAGUACGGGAAUUAACGAUGGCAUCCAUUAGACAAAAGAUCAUAACUGUUGCCGGUCCUCCUGGCUCCGGAAAAAGUACGAUGUCGGAGCGUAUGGUACGCGCUUUUGGUUUUAAACACAUAUCAGCUGGAGAGUGCCUUCGUGAAGAAAUGGCAAACCCCAACUCUAAGAACCAACAGCUAAUCCGUAGUUACAUUGACGCCGGCAAGGUGAUACCGGUUGAGAUAACAAUAGAGCUUUUGUUGAAGAAGAUGGAGUCAUAUGGUUGGGGUCGUGAGAUUGUGAUAAUUGAUGGUUUCCCUCGCAACGCGGAUAACGUUAAAGGUUGGGCGUUGCGCAUGGCGCAUAACACUGAGUUAGUUCACAUGUUAUCUUUUGACUGUCCCAUGGAAGUCUGUCGUGAGCGCAUUAUUGCUCGCAUCAAUGAAUGCGCACGCACGGACAAUGCGACCGCUGCAAUUGAAAAUCGCAUGAAGGUAUACUACGAUGACACUAUGCCUAUUAUUCAUUCGUUGAUUAUGGCGGGCAAAUGCACGGUGUUGAACGCUGCUGGCACAAAGGAAGCCGUUUGGGACGAAAUAGUGAAAGUACUGGCCAACUUGGGCUUCCAUCGUGUGGGUGAUAACUCGUGAUUUUAUUAUACCACUAGGAGAGUAAAAUGCCCUAAUAGGCAUAUAAGGUGCCUCAUGGUUGUUAUAUACACAACUACAAAAUGGAUGUAGAACGUGGCUAAAUAGAU